AUGAGUAUUUUGAAAUAAAUAUCUGAUUCGAAUGAUUAGAAUAAAGAUAUUCAUCCUAGUGGUCCAAGAUUGAGUUUUGAUUAAGAACAAUUACAAAAAUACUAGUUUUAAUAAAUUGACUCCAAUACAUCAUUGCAUCCAAAUAAAAUGACAAAUACAAUACGUUGUGAAUCAAUUAUGAUAAAACAAGAUAUUAGCAAAUAGGUAUUCAUAAUCCACUUCUCUUUUUAUUCAGUUGACAAGAAAAAGAAAGUCUGAAUUUAAAAUUGGCUUAAAUCGAACAAGUUUCUUGAGGACUAUUAAUAGAAAUUCCCUUGUGUAAAAGUUCAAAAACAUACUCCUUAUGCGUUCAUAUGUAUUGAGUAAAGAAAAUAAGUAUCUUUUACUUCAAGAUUGGUGGUAAAAACCAACUAAAAGUAAAAUGCAUCAUAAUUUAAGGAAAUCAAUAUAUUCAUAGUCGAAUACCAUUUAUAAUAUCUGGUAGUAAUAUUUCAAUAAUUUUAACUAUAUGGUCUCUAUUUAUACAAAUAGUCACUUUAUGGAUUACUCCUUUUAUGAUAUCAUUUUAAUAAGAAAUUUCAAUAUUCAAAGUCAUCUUCCUUAUUAUUGUAUUUUAAGUAUUUUUUGAUGCUUUUAUAAAAAUUAAUAGUCCAUUGAUAGUAAAUGGUGAAACUAUCUAUGAUAAAACUGAAAGAAUUAAAGAUUUCUUUAAAAAUAGUUUCUUCGAAGAUUUAAUGUAUAUUAUAACCUUAAUUGUUUCAUUUUUUCCAAUUUUUGAUAAUAUUCAAUUAAAAGGCACUAUUUGUAUUAUUAUCAUUUUUAUAUCUUACAAAAAACUUAAUCAAAAUUAUGAAACUUUAUAUGAAAUUCUUUAUCUAAAGGGAUAAUAUCAUUAUGCUAUAGAUGUAAUGUAACUUAUUAUUUUAAUCUUUUCUUAUGCUCAUGUUAUGGCAUGUAUUUGGCAUUAUGUUGGUGAAAUUACAAUGGAAUAAGGUUAAUCAUGGUUGAUAUAAAGAAAUUUACAAAAUAGUGAAAUUUGGGAAAGGUACAAUACAUCUUUUUAUUGGGCUACAAUGACAAUGUCAACUGUAGGAUAUGGAGAUAUUACACCUUCUAAUCAAUUUGAAACUUUAGCUGCAAAUUUAAUGAUGAUACUCUCAAGUUGUAUGUUUGGUUAUUCAAUUAGUCAAAUAGGAAUGAUACUGAAAAGUUAAUAUGAAGUUUAAUAAAAAUAUAAGUAUUUAAUCUAUUUUUAUUUAUUAGACGUUCAAUAAUAAUUAUGAAUGCUUUUAUGAAAAAUAGUUAAGUUAAUUUAUAAAUUUAGAGUAGAAUAAGAAAUUAUCUUAAAUAUUAAUGUGAAACAGAGGCUAAUGAAAAUAAAGAUGAUAUUAAUAAAAUUGUUGCAGAUUUACCAAUUGGAUUAAAAUAAGAACUAGUAUAAGAUGUUUAGAUGAACAUUAUGAAAAAGAUAAAAAUAUUAAAUAAUCAAUUCUCUCAAUCAACUUUAAAAUAACUUUCUUAAUAUUUAAUAGAAUUUAAAUUUACUCCUGGUGAUGUUAUAUAUCAUAGAAAUGAUUCAAAUGAUUAAAGUCUAUACUAUAUCUAAGAAGGAAUUGUUAAUAUUUAUGAAGAAAAUAGUCAAAAAUUAUUACAAUCAUUAAAAGCUGGAGAAACAUUUGGUGAAUAUUAAUUCUUUACAGGAUUUUAAUCAAAAACUUCAGUUAGAAGUUAAGGAUUUACAAAAAUAUUCAAAUUAAAUCGUUAAUCCAUUUUAUAGUUAUUAAAUUAAAAUUCUAAAGAUUUUUAAAGAUUUCAUCACAUUAAAGACAAUAUUAUAUUUAAUAAAAAUUACUAAAUAGUAUAAAAACAUUGUAAUUUUUGUAAAAUGACUGAUCAUAUUAAUAUUGAUUGUCCACUUUUAUCUUAUAAGCCAGAUAUUUUAUAAAGAAUUAAAAAAGCAGAAUUAAAACCAUCUAUAUAAUAAAGGUUUUUUAUAUAAAGAAACAAUGAGAAAGUGAGAUGUUUAAUGUUACAUUCAGCAAUUAAAGAUACUGUUGAAGAAUAUAAAGCAAAUCUAUCUAGUACUUAAAUUGAUGUUGAUAUGAAAUUAUUUUCUACAUAUGCUACAAAAGAUUUAAGUAGUCAUUGUUAAAAAGAAUCAUUAUUAGAAAAAUAACCAUCUAAGUCUUUUCAAAUUCCUCCUUUAAAAAAAAAGAAUUCUUUUUUAAUUAGAUAAAGAAAUUAAUCUUAAUAAAAGAAAGUUAGUGUUUUUGUAAAUUUAAAAUCAGUUUAUAGAGAUUCUGAUAGACAAUUAAAAUCGGAAUCUGAAGAUGAUCAACUUAAUAAUACACCAAAAAAUUAAGUUUCAUAAUAAUAUCUAUUUGAUUUUAAUGAUUGUUAAAUGAAUUAGUUUGAUGAUUAAUUUCAAACAACAAAUUUUAAUAUUGAUAGAUUAAUGAAUUAUUUUGGUUAUAUGCCUAUGUCUAAUGUGAUUUAUGCUUUAAGAAAAUAUGAAAAAUUAUUUAAGUAUUCUAAAGUAAAGACAAUUAAUUAUGCAGAAUCAGAAAACAGAAAAUUUAGUAUUCCUUUAUAUUAUAGUAGAAGGGAAUCAAUAAAUGAAUUACUUAAAGAAAAAUAUUGA